AUGCCGCGGCGCCUGCAGCCCCGGGGCGCGGGCACAAAGGGCCCGCCCGCUACGGCCGUGGCGGCUUCGGGGACCACCCCAUGCACCCACCGCGCCGCCUCCGCCGCAGACCCCCCAGCGUCGGCCAAGCCGCUGCUGCGCUGGGACGAGGUGCCUGACGAUUUCGUGGAGUGCUUCAUCCUGUCCGGCUACCGGCGGCUGCCUUGCACGGCGCAGGAGUGCCUGGCCUCGGUGCUGAAGCCGACCAACGAGACGCUCAACUUCUGGACGCACUUUAUCCCGCUGCUGCUUUUCCUUAGCAAGUUCUGCCGCUUGUUCUUCCUGAGCGGCCGCGACGUACCCUUCCAUCACCCGUGGCUGCUGCCGCUGUGGUGCUACGCGUCGGGAGUGCUGUUGACCUUCGCCAUGAGCUGCACGGCGCACGUGUUCAGCUGCCUGUCUCUGCGCCUGCGCGCCGCCUUCUUCUACCUGGACUACGCGUCCAUCAGCUACUACGGCUUCGGCAGCACUGUGGCCUACUACUACUACCUGCUGCCGGGCUUGAGCUUGCUGGACGCCAGAGUCAUGACCCCGUACGUGCAGCAGCGCCUGGGCUGGCACGUGGACUGCUCGCGCCUCAUCGCCGCCUACCGUGCGCUUGUGCUGCCCGUAGCCUUCGUGCUGGCGGUGGCCUGCACCGUGGCCUGCUGCAAGAGCCGCACCGACUGGUGCUCCUACCCGUUCGCGCUGCGCACCUUCGUCUUCGUCAUGCCGCUCAGCAUGGCCUGCCCCAUCAUGCUCGAGAGCUGGCUCUUCGACCUGCGCGGGGAGAACCCCACGCUCUUUGUGCACUUCUACCGCCGCUACUUCUGGCUGGUCGUGGCCGCCUUCUUCAACGUGAGCAAGAUCCCCGAGCGCAUCCAGCCGGGCCUCUUUGACAUCAUCGGCCACAGCCACCAGCUCUUCCACAUCUUUACCUUCCUCAGCAUUUACGACCAGGUGUACUAUGUAGAGGAGGGCCUGCGCCAGUUCCUCAAGGCGCCACCCGCCGCGCCCACCUUCUUGGGCACGGUGGGCUACAUGCUGCUGCUGGUGAUCUGCCUGGGGCUGGUCAUCAGGAAGUUCCUAAACGUCUCCGAAUUCUGCUGUAAGAAGUGAGCCUUCGCCUUGGAGAAGACAGCUGUACCACUGAAAUAAAUGUGCCUUUUGAAGCAAUGCCCAAGAGACGGGUCCACGCAGAGUUUCUUGCAUGGGAAGAGCAGUAGGUGGAAGCUUUUCUUACUGCAAAUCAAAGUUUCACAUUCCGCCAGGAGGAGAGGAAGCUGGUUGUAAGUUUGUGGUAGAACCGGAAGUAGCUUGCUGGGACGUGCAGAGCUUUGGGUGUCUCUGCAAGGAGAAGGAGCCAACCCUCCAAGGUGGCUGUGGUGCCCAGGGCAGCCACCGGGGAGGGUGAGAGGAUGCUGUUCUAAACUGAUGCCCUCCGUCUUUGCUUAAAAUUAGAAAUAGAAUGUUCAAGAGUAAAUGAAACAGUUAUAAAAAUCAGGAGCAUAUUAUUUGAGUCCUAACUGAAAAAUUUGAAUUAAAUAAUUACACUUGCCCGGUCACACACUGAAGUGUCGUUAGGGUCCAGACGAGGGCAUUUAUUGGUGGUCACCCUCAUUCGUUGAGAAAUUAGUUUCCAUGCACCUGAGACCCUUUCUAAUGACCAGAGUGGUCAGCAUUAUUUAGACAUCUUCUUGCAAAUGCUGAUCUGUAAUUGAGAUGGCAACUCUAGAUUAACACAAACCACUGAGGUGUAAGUACUUACCACACUUCCUGCUAAAUCUUUUUGGUGAGAACCAAUUGAUUUAAUGGCCUAACUUUGAUCAAGCUAUCAGGUGAAUGAACACUUACUGCAGGGCUGGUAUGCAGGCCCUCCUAAAAAGAUUGCCCUUUUGUUUUUGCUUUCAGUCACUACUGUAUUUGUCACUAGAAAGGCUCGGUACAAUUCACGGAGGAACCAGUAUCCUUGUAUGUUAACUUGCACACAGAAAUUAAAUUCACGUAUGUCUGUAUUUAGUUUGGAAUCCCUGGGUGGUGCAACCAA